AAGUAAUGUGGAGAAGGGUUUUUAUUUAGUCUUCAGUCUUUGUUUACUGUUGAGCAUCAUUAUGAUAUGGACGACUGUCAAGUCCCAGUGAUAAAUUCAGGCAAAGUCAAGUUACAGACAUCCUCAACCCUUUUACAAACCUUUGGUCAGCUGAGAGUGUCAAUAAUGCCAUACAAUGGCUGCCUUAAUAUUCAGAUCAUUGAAGCCAGAGGACUCCUUGGGAAUGAAAAUAGGAAAUGUGAUUUUUAUAUCAAGCUAGCGAUUAUCCCAGACCUCAAUCACCGUACUCAUCGGAAGACCGAAACUGUAUUAGGCUGCAAAAAUCCUCUCUCCCUUGAGACCUUUUUGCUGGCUAUUAGCGUGGAGGAUUAUCAGAAGAGACUGCUGGUCACUGUGUGGAAUUGCAACCCAUCCUCCAGGAGGAGUGAGUUCCUGGGCUGCAUGAGUUUUGGAACACACUCGCUCAUAACUUCAUCAAAGGUGAUCAGUGGCUGGUAUUAUCUCCUGGGCGAAGAGCUGGGGAGAAGCAAGCAUCUGAAAGUGGCUUCGAGACACCUCACAGGCAGGCAGGACUCUGCUGAAGCUGCCUUGUCCAACCAUGGUGCUCCAGCCUCUGGGAAGGUGCUGCCUUCAAGCCCAGAGAAUAUGCUAUGCUUAACAGUGACUAUCCUUCGGGGUAAAGAUGGCUUCGGCUUCACCAUCUGCUCGGACUCACCUGUGCGUGUUCAGGCUGUCGAUCCAGGGAGUCCAGCGCACCAGGCUGGCUUACAGCAGAUGGACACUGUGCUGCAGCUCAAUGGCCAACCAGUGGAGCAAUGGAAGUGUGUCGACCUUGCUCACGCAUUCAGAAACUGCCACAAUGCGAUCACUGUAGUGGUAUGGAGGACCCUACCUAUUAUGAAGCCGUAUUUUGAGGGCCUGAUCCACAGACCGUCUUAUAAGGCCUCUGCCUACGACACUGUGGUGUCCCCGGCGGGGAAGAAACGAGACAAGACCCCGCCUUUGCUGACCCACCCCGCCCAUGGCAGACGGAGUGGACGUAAGCUAGGGCUGGUGUCAGAGGGCGGCCAUGGAUCCUUGUGGAGGGACAAGCGAGAAGACAAGGGAGAGUACUACAAGGGACAGGAGCCAGACUACGGGACUACUAAGAUAAGGACUCGGACCCUCAAAGGCACCCGGGUGACCUCAUCAAAUGGUGACAACUACAUUAUCCUCUCCCCUGUGGACCCGGGAAGCCAGAUCUUGCAUCCUGUUUAUCAAGACCGGAAUGGUACACUUGGUAAGAUUUAUCAAAGUCACCCACGCGGUGGACUUCAGAAGGGCAAUGGCUUUCUACAGGACACUGCUAGCGGGCUACAGGCCACAGGCUUAUCUUCUCAACGCUCCAUCAUCGGUAAGACGGCUACCAUGCUGCCCCCAUCUGGCUACCAACCCAGCUAUGGCAAUUACCAGAACUGCACCAUUGUCCAGUCUCAUCUGCCCUACUCCAAUUACGGAACCUACGUCACGCUGGCCCCCAAAACCCUCAUCUUCCCCGUCUUUGUUCAGCCCCUGGAACUGUGUAGCGAGCGAACACUUCUUCUCUCAGAGGAGAUGAUCCUGCAUGAGAGCCAGUGCAUGUCUAUCAAGGUGACAUUGCUCAUCUACACAGACCUGAUGCUGCUGACUAGGGAGGAUGAGGCAGGCCACUGUAAUGUGCUGCAGAACCCCCUGUACCUCCACCAGCUCCGCCUGCGGGAUGUUCCUGUUGAUGUUUUGAGGUUGUACAUCAUCCACUGGACAGAGAGGAGUGAGUGCCUGUUCAGUCUGGAGGCGUACACGGUGGAGCAGAAGAGGCGGGUACAUCAGUGCCUGCGGGAGAACAUUGACAAGCAUCUGGAGCAGAGGGAUACACUUGUACAUGAUCAGAUGUUGGAACCAAUGGCUGAUGUCCAUUGUGAGCUCGGUAUCCUAAAUCUGGGCCGUCAAGCCACCGAAGAGCCCUCCUCGCAUGGCCCUUCCUCCGAACCCUACAGCAUGAGCAGCCCGCCAGCCAAUAUUCCGAACCUCAUCCCCCUGGUGGUGCGCAGCACAGAGGACCUUGGUAUGAGUUUGAGCAGUAUGAGCCUGGAGAGAACGAGCAUCUGGAAGGUAAGGGAGAAGGUGGAGGGAGACGAGGAGAGGCCGCAGGGUGAGGGAGAGAGCGCCACUGAGACGUCAGAGACAGCGUGUAUGGGUGCCAUACCUCUGUCCCCCUCUCCGUCGUCCUCGCUCACAGUCCCAGACAUGCGCUUCCUCGAUCGCUCCUUCAACACAGAACCCAUGGAAGAAGAAGAAGAAGAGGAGGAUGAGGAGGACUGUGACAAAGACUGCCUGGAACGUCGGAGCAUCGGGGAAUGCUCUCCCUUUAGGAAGCGGGGUGAGGGCAUGAGCGGUGGUGACGAGCCUAGGGUCCUCCACAGACGCACGCUUAGCGAGGGCAGUCUGCUGCAGGAGCUGCGCUCGCCACGUUUCAUCUCCGACAGCACCAUCCACCGCCUGGACAGAGGCCACGCUCCCCCACCGGGCGGCUGGAUGCGGCCCUCCCCCAAGACCCUGAAGAAGGAGUUGACAAGGAACGGAGGCUCGGUGCACCAGCUCUACAUGCUCCUCUCAGGGAGGAAGGUAUGCAGUGAAUCUGACUGUAACUGUGAGUUUAAACAUGGCUGCACGAAAAAGAAGAAAUCCACGAACCUGGCCAAAGACAUGAAAAAUCGCUUGACUUUCUUGAGGAAGAACGAUUUCCACGGCAGCAACCCAACAAACGGGCUGGAGAAAGUCCUGAAGUCAGUCAAGCCCUCGCCAGAGGAGGCCCUGAAGUGGGGGGAAUGCUUUGAUACGCUGCUGGCUCACAAAUAUGGAGUGGCAGUCUUCCAAAGGUUCCUGCAGACAGAGUUCAGUGAGGAGAACUUGGACUUCUGGUUGGCCUGUGAGAAGUACAGGAAAAUCAAAUCCCAGUUCAAAAUGGCCUCCCGAGCAAAACAAAUCUUCUCAGAAUACAUGUCCAUACAGUCCUGUAAAGAGGUGAAUCUGGACUCCUACACCCGAGAGGUCACGAAGGAGAACUUGCAGAGCACCUCGGCAUUGACCUUUGACCUGGCCCAGAACAGGAUCUAUGGCCUCAUGGAGAAGGACCCGUACCCUCGCUUCCUGCGCUCGGACCUCUACAGGGACUUGACCAACCAAAAGAGGUUCAACACCAUGGUGCCAGAUCUGCCCUGAAUUGGAAGAGAGAUUGAAGACAUUGGAUGACUUGGAGCCCUGGUUUGUGUUCAUUAGAGGGAUGGACAUUGGAGAGCUGUGCCCAGGUGACAUUCACGUUGUCUAAAUUGGUUUAGAUUAUGGUUUGGUACUAUUUUUGUCAGUGUUAUAUACUUACCUCAUCUGAUUCUCCAUGGGCAUUUUCCCAACCUGGUUCUGUGGUCAUUGGUUUCUGACGAGUUAAUUUAAAAAAUGUUUUGAACAAAUACAGCUUCCAUAUCCUCAUUGGCCUUCCUGUUUGUGGCAUAGCCCAAAUCUUCACUGCCUUCUAUUUCUGUGUGUAACACAGGCAGAUUUCUGACACUUCACUAUUCCAAAGACUAGAAGAUGCUAUACACUAUAUCUAGGAGGUGUUCAACAUAGCCAAGAGGCCUUCCAGUGUAUUCAAACCGUUGUGCAAUCAACAAACAUGGUGCAAUGAAAUCCCCCCCCAAAACAUUAUACAAGCAAUCCUAUAUGAUCUUUUAAUAUUUCAGCAUUGGAAGCUCUGCAAUACAAGGUGGUUGCCACUGCUUACAGAAAACCUUCACCAUCAGCAUCCAGAUACUAAGUGCAAUAUGAAUGUGUGCCUUCAGAGACUAUUCACACAACCUUUCCUCAUUUGAGAUUAAAAUGUAUUUCAUUGUAAUUUUUUUAUCAACAAUUUACACAAUACUCAAACAUAUGUACAAAUAUAUAUAUAGAUAUAAAAGGAAAAUUAAACACUAAUAUAUCUUGAUUAGAUAAGUAUUCAACUGCCUGAGUCAAUACCUGUUAGAAUCACCUUUGGAAGCGAUUACAGCUGUGAGCCUUUCUGGGUAAGUCUAAGCGCUUUCUACACCUAGAUUGUGGAACAUUUGCCAUUCUUUACAAAAGUAGGCAAGUUCUGUCAAAUUGUUUAUUGAUCAUUGCUAGAAAACAGAUUUAAGUAGAUUUUUAAGUCAAAACUGUAACUCAGCCACUCAGGAACUUUCACAAUCUUCUUGGUAAGCAACUCCAGUGUAGAUUUUGCCUUGUGUUUUUGGUUAUUGUCUGGCUGAAAGGUGAAUUCAUCGUCCAGUGUUUGACGGAAAGCAGACUGAACCAGGUUUUCCUCUGAAAUUUUGCCUGUGCUUAGCGCAAACUCCCCAGUCCUUAUCGAUUACAAGCAUACCCAUAACAUGAUGCAGCCACAACUAUAGCGUUGAAGUCAGAAGUUUAUAUACACCUUAGCCAAAUACACUUUAACUGAGUUUUUCUUUUCACAAUUCCUGACAUUUAAUCCUAGUAAAAAUUCCCUGUCUAAGAUCAGUUAGGAUCACCACUUUAUUUUAAGAAUGUGAAAUGUCAGAAUAAUAGUAGAGAGAAUUAUUUCUUUCAGCUUUUAUUUCUUUCAUCACAUUCCCAGUGGGUCAGAAGUUUACAUACACUCAAUUAGUAUUUGGCAGCAUUGCCUUUAAAUAGUUUAACUUGGGUCAAACAUUUUGGGUAGCCUUCCACAAGCUUCCCACAAUAAGUGGGGUGAAUUUUGGCCCAUUCCUCCUGACAGAGCUAGUGUAACGGAGUCAGGUUUGUCAGCAUCCUUGCUCACACAUGAAUUUUUCAGUUCUGCCCACACAUUUUCUAUGGGAUUGAGGCCAGGGCUUUAUGAUGGCCACUCCAAUACCUUGACUUUGUUGUCGUUAAGCCAUUAUGCCACAACUUUGGAAGUAUGCUGGGGGUCAUUGUCCAUUUGGAAGACCCAUUUGCCACCAAGCUUUAACUUCCUGACUGAUGACUUGAGAUGUUGCUUCAAUAUAUCCACAUAAUUUCCCUUCCAUAUGAUGCCAUCUAUUUUGUGAAGUGCACCAGGCCCUCCUGCAGCAAAGCACCUCCACAGCACGAUGCUGCCACCCCGUGCUUCACGGUUGGGAUGGUGUUCUUCAGCUUGCAAGCCUCCCCCUUUUUCAUCCAAAUAUAACAAUGGUCAUCAUGGCCAAACAGUUCUAUUUUUGUUUCAUCAGACCAAAGGAUAUUUCUCCAAAAAAGUACAUUCUUUGUCCCCAUGUGCAGUUGCAAACCCUUUUUUAAUGGAGGUUUUGGAGCAGUGGCUUCUUCCUUGCUGAGCAGGUUAUGUUGAUAAAAGACCCGUUUUACUGUGGAUAUAGAUACAUUUGUACCCGUUUCCUCCAUUGACGUCAUUGUGAAAUCCCUGAAUGGUUUCCUUCCUCUCUAGCAAGUUAGGAAGGACUUCUGUAUCUUUGUAGUGACUGGGUGUAUUGAUACACCAUCCAAACUGUAACUAAUAACUUCACCAUGCUCAAAGGGAUAUUCAAUUUCUUAUUUGUUUUGCUUGCUCGACUGAGGGGCCUGAAAAUUAUCUGUAUGUGUUGUGUACACAGAUGAGGUAGUCAUUCAAAAAAAUCAUGUUAAACGCUAUUAUUGUCUAAUAAAAUGCAUUUGCUGCACACACCCAGAGAAAAUGAUUUUAAUGUAGAGGUGCUGACAAAUGGUGAAUAAACUGUAAGCUAUAUAUAAAGUGUGUUUUUAAACGCUAUUAUUGCACAGAGUCCAUGCAACUUAUGUGACUUGUUAAGCAAACUUUUUCUCAUGAAUUUAUUUAGGAGUCGAACACUUGACUCCAGACAUUUUUUUAAAACAUAAUUACAAUUUUGACAUUAUGGGCUAUUAUGUGUAGGCUAGUAACGAAAAGUAUCUUAACUUAAUCUAUUUUAAAUUCAGGCUAUAACGCAACAGAAUGUGUAAAGAUUCAAGGGCUGUAAAUACUUUCUGAAGGUACUGUAUAAAGGAGAAAUAGUAUAUUACCCUGUACGUUUUUGUAUUAUAGUAUCUUAUAUAAUAGUAAUUGUUUUAGGGAGGUUCAUAUACUACAUACAAGUAACAAACAGCGAUAACAUGGAAAAGCAAUUUGUCAUCAAUAAUUAAGCUCAUGACAUCCACAGCACAUAUGACUUUUAGAGACCCCUAAGGAGAAACAUUUAUCCUCAAGGAGAAAAAACAAACAUGUUAACCAAACAAAUGGGUCAUAUGAAAAAGAGAGACUGAAGUUAUAGAAUAACUGGUUUGUUACUUAUGCUGCAAAUGUAUAAAGACGCGUUGCUUAAUAAGAGUGCAUUCACUAUGUACAAUCUAACAUAUGUUAUGUUUUUCUACACAUGAGAGGAUCCAGACAAGAAAAUUGUCAAAAUCAUAUUUAAAACUCAAGCCUUUUGAGCUGGCAACUCAUACGACCCCAUCAAAGAGGAGACUCAAACAUGACAAUGUCGUCUGAACUUUGACACCCACGUCUUAAUUUCAAAGAUGUCUUCUCACAGAAGUCCGUUUGAGCUACAAACUAAGUCACCAACAACAGAUAAGACUCUCAUAAACAUUUAGCACUCACUUGUUUUACUGUACAUCGCACACAAGCUUUAGGGGCGUCAUCGGAAGGUAACCUGUGAAAA